CGGACAUAAUGUACAACAAUCCGAUACUUACAAAGGUGCCUGGCGAUAUUUUGUGUGGUAAUAAAAAAGAAAAGCAAGGUUACAUUCAGGAUAUCAGCAAACUUAACAAAUCCGAGUUACUAGAUCUCAAAAGGCGUCAAGAACUGUUACUUCGGAAUAAAAAACAAAUUUCAAAAUUGCCGGAUAAGGGUCUCAAAAUCGAAAAUUUCUACAAGCAAAUUCUAAAGCAACUGAAGGUUUAUGAGAAUGUUGAUCGCGCAGCAGAAAUGUUCUCAGAGCUAAACAUAGUGGUUGGAAAAAAAUCUCUGGCGAAUAUGGAAUGGAGUGGAAAACAUAAUGCUCAACACCAUACAGACAUUGUUGACAGUGAUGAUGAAAUCGAUGAUCAGAAUAUAGGUCCAUUGAAAAUCUUGGCUCGUAGUACGAACGUCGGAAAAAUUAUUACGUCCAAAUCGGAAAAGGCCUUGAUAACACGACAGGAUCUUGAAGACAUUGAAGUUAAACGAGAGAAAGCGGAAUGCAUUACUACAGCUGAUUUAUUCGAAAUUGAUUCAGGUAGUCAGAUUAUGGAUCGUCUUUCUACCCAGUCAGAUAGCAAACACUUGCACAUGAUGUCAAAGACAAAAUUUUUACCAUUCCGUACUACGAAAUCAAAUGUGCACGAUCCAGAAAAGGAAAAACAUCGAUAUAAAGGACACUUAAAAUGGGAGAAUACAUCAGCAACACCUCCGUCUCUUACACAUUCUCCAGCUAAGGUACUAUCGCUCGAAGAAUCCGUGCAAUUGCAAGAGGAAAAGAACAAUUUACUUCAACAAGCCCAAGAACGAUACACAGAAGAACGAUUACUGCAACGGCAGGAAAUCAAAGAUAAAGUAACGUCAUCUAUUUACAGUGACCUUAUGCAAGGCUCAACCGGAUUAACAACUUCUCGCGAUGUAUCAGAUAGUGAAGGAGAGAUACAGGAUGAUGUCGAAUAUGAUUCUGAAACACAAGAUAGUUAGUUCUACGUUUAUUUAACUUAAAUACAUACAAUACAUUAAAUUUUAAUUCAUUUGCAUUUUUAAUCUGGGACAUUUACUUUGAAAUACAUAAUUUCACUCCAAUACACUAGCAUUUAUCUAUGAAGAUACAUAACGACAUGGCGUAUGUAAAGUGACUUCCAAAAUAGAGCGUGCAUUAUUUUAUGAAAAAUGCAAUUCGGGCUGAACAAUCCAUUAGGUCCUGUUACAUCGAUUCUCUCCAUUGACAUUAUCUUUCGUUAAUAACUUGGGUACAGAACCGUUUCUUGUCGUGUUUGUCAUAUUAGAAGCUAGAUAAUAUCGAUCUGUGUACUGAAAAUUACUGGGAAUGUCUUAACAUGACCGUGAGGAGUAGUUUAGGUUGUUGCAGACGAAGUAUGAAGUAUAAACUGCUCCAUUUGCAAAAUAAAAGCAUUUUAAGAGUGCACUCGUAUACCUCCCCGUGGAAAAUUUUGAAACCAUCAUCACUUUCAUAGUUCUUCUAUUCUCCACGAAUGCCAACUUUGAUUAUCCAAAUGAGUGUAAGCUUGUUGGUAGGCGUUGGCCAGAUUUGGAUUUUUCAGAUAUAAUCCUAAAUAGGACCUAGAUUAUUUAAUACUCUAGUAACCUCAAGUCCGUGCUCUGUCACAAUGUUUCAUUGUGAUUAAUCAACACUCAAAGGGCAUCUUUAGCGGCGAUCCAAUUGGUUGGUUUGGUCUAAAAUUUUGGAACAGACCCAGACCGAGCCCUUGCAGUAGUGGUCUAUAUUUUGUUUUUUUUUCUAAAAUGUAAUUUUUUUAAACCAGUAUAAUUCUCGAUCUUUUUUUUUUUAAUAAUUCGUUUAUUUUUCCAGGCUUAUUUGCUGUAGCUUUGCGGAGCCGAUAUUCAUUGUUUAUACAACAAAAUUACUUAAAACUAACGUUAGUAAAGCGGGGGCAGAUUACUCGCGGCUGUCUCGAGGUUAGGGGUAACAAAUUGUAACAAAUGGAUGGCAGGGUAGGGAAUGUGAACACAAGGUUUGGAGAGCAAUGUGCUCUUGAU